ACUUCGGGAGAGGGUCUUCACUUCAUAAACCAAUAGGGAAGCAAGAAGACUGGCUCAGCUGUAAUUGUAUAGUAUUCAAAAGGACGUUUUACCCUCUCUUUUAUCCCUGUUACCAAUAGAAAACUGGUAGCCAAAGGGCUUCUUCAGUGUGCAGAACAAGUUUAAGGGUUCUCUUCGAACCAUGUCGGGUCGCGUGGUUGACAAGCAGCCUAAGAAGGGCGGUAAGGGGGAGGAGAGUUUGGAGCUGGUGACGUGGAUGGGCCGGCCGCCGGACAAACCCACCAACUGUCCCGCCGGGCUGGAGUACCUCACCAGCCUGGACAAGCUGCGCAUGUCCCAGUCAUUCGGACCAGAAGGACCAGUUUGCAACUUUGAAAACAACAAUUACGUCAUCAAGAACGGCAGAGGGCAGCAGGUGUAUUUUGCGUCUGAAGAGACGAGCUGUCUGUGCCGGCAGUGUUGCGGCCCUGCCCGCGCCUUCCACAUGAGUCUGUACGACAAGCUGUCCCGCGAGGUGCUGCACCUGGUGCGGCCAGCGCGCUGUGACGCCUGCUGCUGCCCUUGCUUUCUCAUGGCCCUCACCGUCAAGACGGGCGACGGGGAAACCCUGGGAUACGUCAAGCAAAAGUGGAAUAUAUUCCACGGGAUCCUGGAGGUCCAGGACGCAGACAAGAAGCCCUGGUACCACAUCCGGGGCCCUGCCUGUCCGUGCCGCUGCUUCGGUAACAUGGAGUUCAAGAUCCUGUCCCUGGAGGAGGAUAAGAAGGCCGUUGGGUCCAUCGCUAAGAGAUGGGGAGGACCACAUGACAAGUACAACAUGGACCACGAGAACUUCGAGAUAGAAUUUCCAUUUGAGGUGGACGUGAGGAUGAAGGCAGUGCUGUUGGGGGCGUGUUUCCUGGUGAACUACAUGUACUUUGAGAUGAGCUAAAGAGACACACAAUGUUACGAUACCAUCCACAACUCUGAUAUCUGAACAAAACAGUUUCCUGGAGGCCAACAAGAAGGGGACAACAUCACAGUACAUGGACAACAAGAAAUCAGAGAUUUCAGACUUCUAUGAAGUGUUCGGGAUUUUGGUGGAUACAGGUAUAUCAGAAUUGCAAAAGGGAUGCCAUUCUUGCUUGAUUAUUGUUAAUGAUGAUCAAUCUAUAAAUAAACUGUCAAAACUACACCCCACUCUUUACCUUGGAACCCAAACAUACAAAUUCCUCUAAACCAGGGCCACACAAAGCAAUACUUCCAUCCCGGA